ACAGCUCAGCACUUGCAGGAGCAUCAUGUUCUGCUCAACUCAGAGAGGGUCCUGCUCCUCCGCCGGGGCUAUGGGCAGCAGGGUGUGCACUGGUGGAAGCACCUUUAGCCGUGGAAGUAGCUGUGGGCUCGAGGGAGGCUCUGCCUGGGGCCUCCAGGGAUCUAAGGGUGGCCUUGGAAGCUGCUCAGUAAAGGGUGGAUUUGGAGCAGCCUCUGGCUUUGGAGGGGGCUCUAGCUUUGGUGGAGGUUCCGGCUUUGGCGGGGGCUGUGGCUUUGGCGGGGGCUGUGGCUUUGGCGGGGGCUCCGGCUUUGGUGGAGGUUCCGGCUUUGGCGGGGGCUGUGGCUUUGGCGGGGGCUCUAGCGGAGGCAUCUAUAGCUGCAGAAGUAGUGUGGGAGGUGGUCUUGGUGGUGUCAGCGGCAGUGAUGGGGGUCUUCUCUCUGGAAGUGAAAAGCAAACGAUGCAGGACCUCAAUGACCGUCUGGCCAAGUACCUAGACACGGUCCGAGCCCUGGAGGUAGCGAACACUAGCCUGGAGAGUAAAAUCGAGGAGUGGUAUUGCAAGCAUGGGUCCGGAAAAGCUGGACCUGAAAGAGACUACAGCAAAUACUGGACCAUGAUCGAAGAGCUGAAGAACCAGAUCUUUUCAGCCACCUGUGAAAACGGCAGGAAAGCCCUGCAGCUUGACAACGCCAGACUGGCUGCCGACGACUUCAGAAUGAAGUAUGAGCAUGAACUGUGCCUCCGGGAGUGCAUAGAGGGCGACAUCAACGGCCUGCGGAAAGUGCUGGAUGGCCUGACCAUGACUCGCUCUGACCUGGAGAUGCAGAUCGAGGCUUUGACUGAGGAACUGGUCUGCCUGAGGAAGAACCAUGAGGAGGAAAUGAAGUGCCUGCGAGGAAGCUCUGGAGGGGACGUGACAGUAGAAAUGAAUGCUGCCCCAGGAACCGACCUGACCAAGCUACUGAAUGACAUGAGGGCUCAGUAUGAGGCCAUGGCUGAGCAGAACCGCCAGGAAGCUGAGAAACAAUUCAAUGAGCGGAGUGCAUCCCUGCAAGCCCAGAUCUCUACCGAUGUAGGGGCAGCCGACUGCGCCAGGAACGAGAUAAUGGAACUGAAACGCACCGUGCAAGCCCUGGAAAUCGAGCUUCAAUCCCAGCUGGCCCUGAAAUGCUCUCUGGAAGGGACCCUGGCUGACGUGGAAGCUGGCUAUGUGGCCCGGCUGUGUGGAGUCCAGACGCAGAUCAGCAGCCUGGAGGAAGAGCUCUGUCAGAUUCGGGGCGAGACAGAGUGCCAGAAAGCAGAGUAUGACUGCCUCCUGAACAUCAAGGCACGCCUGGAGGAGGAGAUCGAGACCUACCGUCGCCUGCUCAAUGGAGAAGGAGGUGGAUGUGAUUAUACAAACUUAGUAUCCAAGCACAUGGUGUUGAGUGACUCAAGAUCUGGCCAAGGAAAAGAUCCCAACAAGACGAGAGUGACGAAGACCAUUAUAGAGGAGGUGGUAGACGGCAAAAUUGUCUCAUCUCAAGUCAGCAACAUUUCCGAAGUGAAAAUAAAAUAAGCAGUUUCCAGUUCGGCAGGGGCGUCCAUCAAAGGAAACAAUUGACGAGGGAGCCAGUGA